CACCUUGCCCGUGUUAAAUGUUAUCUUUGUAAAACUGUAGCCUAAACAAUGGUCCACUUCAUAUAAGGGAAUGCGAAACCGAAAGAACAUAGGUUGUUAUAUUUAAAUUUUACAUACCUUAACUAUGAAAAAGUUACGAAGGAAACAGAAAUGUGGCUCCGAUGAAGAUGAAGUGGACAGUUGUGUUGGUAUUCGCAUUGACCGGGACAAGAAAAACUUGGCUAAACAACCUGAAAGUGUAUUAAAGGUGGAUUGUGUGAAUGACACCGAAAGUGAACAUAAUAAAACAUGUACAGAGAAGAACGAGCAUACAGAAAAUUUACUAAGAAAUAAUAUAGGAAAUCGAAAUGAAAUUCCAGGGUUCCAGGAUAAAAGAUCGGAGUACCAUCAACGGUACCCAUUUACAAUUCUACUAUUUAUAGGUUCUAUCGCGUCUUUAUUACUCUUUGUCAUCGAUGUUGCUUUUGAUAUUUUACUUGCGAUGGAGUACAGAGACGAUGGGAGAAUCUUGGAAUGUGCGCUGACAGCAUCAGUGGUAAUAGUGUCAUUUCUAGUGACCGGAACAUUGAGCACUAUAUGGUAUAUCCAAGAUGUUGAUGGACCCAAGUAUCGAAUGAACAAGACACUUUUUUUGUUUCUGGCUUACCCUUUUUCAGUUAUUAUAAGAACACUUUCUUAUGUAAAACAUGGAUGUUUAAGUCGUAAAUUACAUUCAGAAGAAAAGAAAAGCUUCAAGCACUAUCAACAAAUGAUCAAAGAGGACCGGGAUGCAAGUCUUCUGAGGAUGUUUGACGCUUUCAUCGAAUCUGUGCCCCAAUUAAUCAUCCAGAUUUAUAUUGCAUUGCAACACAAAGCCGAAGAGUCGUUGUAUCUGGAAAUCCUACGAUCCAUUACGAUUGCUUCAUCCCUUGCUAGUUUGUCUUGGUCUGUGACGUCAUACUAUAGAAAUCUGAGAAUAUUCCAUGCAAUUUCCGGUUUGAAGGCCAAUUCGAUAUGUGGAGCUGUUGGGUAUUUCCUUUGGCGCGUGUUUGAAAUCGGACCAAGAAUCACGGCCAUUGUUAUGCUUCUGUCCGUCGAUAGCCACGGCCUCUACAUCAUUUUUGGAUCAAUUGUUAUUUUCCCAUGCAUCGUUGCUGCACUCAUUCUUGUGGUGGCCAUUAUUGUGAUCAUCACCUGUAGAAAGUUGAAGGCAAAAGGUAUAAAGAUGCAACUGUUGUCUGAACAAGGAAACCAAACCAAAAAGAAACCACUGAAUAACACAUGGCUGGAUGGCAUGACGCAGUGAUGUAACCUAUUUGUUUCAUUACUGCGUCACUCUGUACCUCAUCGAUGGUUUACUUCUCGGUAUAAUUGUCAGGGAAGCAAUAGCUUUUACAUCUACUUAAUGUAUUUAAAUCUCCUGGCAUGCUAUUAAAACGUUCAUAGCAAAAAUUUAAAUUCAGUUUUAAAGUUAGCAAAUACAUUAUAUUUGUCUGUAAUUUCUGAAGGACAUUUGAUCAUUCGGUGGUUUGCUUUUUUUCUGCCUGAAUUCUUCGAAAAUUAAAGUAAACAACGCGACUUUAUCAUUAAAAUAUGUAUACAAGACAGCAACUCUUUUUUGGGUAUACAAAGUCUUUUAAACGUGCAGGAUUUUAUUUCCCUGUGACGCCAAACAUUUUGUCAAUAUAAACUGGAUAGCUGCAAUUGAAAAUGAGAUAUCAAAAGACCAGUGUGUCCAACGUUGUCCAAGGAUGUAAAUAGUUCUUCCAAAUGUAAUGUUAAGAACAUUUUAAAACCUGAUAUAGGCUUUGAGAAGUUUAUUAAAGAGACAUGGUUACAAUUUUGGUGUUUUUUUUUUCCCAUUGUAGUGUUUACAAUGCUUUAGUAGGGCAUUUUUAAUAGGCAACCAAAAUUUGAGUGUCAUUCCCUGAGUUAUAAGCGAGUUACAGAGCUUACAAUUCUGUACUAUGUAAACACAGUUUUUGUUAACAUUUUAAAUGUUGAUGUGAAAAUUCUUGAUUCUAUGCUUGAAAUGAAUGUGUUAAACGUUAGGAACUGUUUAUUUAUACUUAGAAUAAACAAGAAGCCAUGUAUUUUGCUUAUAACUCUAUGGCUGACUCUAAAAUUUUAUUUCAUCAUUUGAAAUACAUUCCUUAAGCAUUGUGAAUAAUUAAAACAAAACAAAAUUUGACCAGAAUCAUGACCAUGUCCCUUUAAUAUUUUAUCUGUAAAGUUAAAAAAAAAAGACUUAACAAAAAUCAACAAAUUUCCAACCCAUUGUUUUCCUGCAGAGGGUUUGGAAUUUCAUUACAUUUGAGAAUUUCCAGUUUAGAAGAAAUGAAAAAAAAACCAGAACAUGAGAUAUGUUACAAAUGGUUACACAUAUAUUACUUUUGGGUUUUUUCCUUGUGUGUAUGUACCUCUGACGAUUUUUAUCUAUGUUUAUUUUGUAGAAUUGUUCCUCUUGUACCAAUAAAUUUGGUUUGAACGAAUAAAUUAAACUUGUCAAUGACAAUUUUGUUGUUUUAAGCUAUUGAAACGUGCAAACGUCAUCUCCAGCAGGGGGUGGUGUUCCUUGUAAAUACAAAGCGAUUUUUCUCGGAAAUCUAUAAUGAGUUAUCUUGAAGAACAUUUCAAUUUAAAUAGCUUUCAAGUACACUUUAAAAA